AAGACCGCUAGUCACCUCUGAGCCCGCGUCAGUGUGUGAGCUCCGCCCGGCACUCUGUCCCGACCCGUCCCUCUGCCGGUGUGAUUGUGAGAACUCUUAGGCUUUGAAACAGUGACUGUGUGACGUGUAGCGUGUAAUAGGAACGGCACAAACAUGGCCCCUCAGGCCCCCGAACAGACCAAGGCAUCGGACCUCCUGGAGGAGGAGCAGCCGCAUCACCACCACAACCUAGAGGAGCGCGAAAUUCAUAUAGAUCUACGGAAAAUUUACGCCGACCUUCGUAACCUGGACUGGUCCAAGGUGGUGUGGCGGAACGUGACGCUAUUCGCCCUGCUGCACAUUUACAGCGUGUAUGGGAUGUAUCUGGCGCUGUUCUCGGUGCAGUGGAAGACCAUCGCCUUUAGCGUGGUGCUGUACUUCAUGGCGGCGCUCGGCAUCACCAUGGGCGCGCACCGCCUGUGGUCGCACCGCUCGUUCAAGGCGUCGCUGCCCCUCCGCAUCAUGCUCGCCACCUUCCAGACGAUCGCCUUCCAGAACGACAUCUACGAGUGGGCGCGCGACCACCGCGUCCACCACAAGUACAGCGAGACGGACGCCGACCCGCACAACGCCCGCCGCGGCUUCUUCUUCUCGCACAUGGGCUGGCUCAUGUACCGCAAGCACCCGAGCGUCAUCGCUCGCGGCAAAGGGCUCGACCUGACCGACCUGCAGAAUGACAAGGUGGUCAUGUUCCAGCGCAAGUUCUACCUGCCGCUGGUGGUGACGUCGUGCUUCUUGCUGCCGACGGUGAUCCCCUGGUGGUACUGGGACGAGCACCUGGUCAACGCCCUCAUGGUGGCGGGCUUCCUGCGCUACACCAUCGUGCUGCACAUCACCUGGUUCGUGAACUCGCUGGCGCACUGGGUGGGCACCAAGCCCUACGACAAGAGCAUCUACCCGUCGCAGAAUCCGAUGGUGGCCUACCUGGCGCUCGGCGAGGGCUGGCACAACUACCACCACGUCUUCCCCUGGGACUACCGCACGGCCGAACUCGGGGGCCUCGUCAACUACAACAUCACCAGCCUCGUCAUCGACUUCUGCUACAAGAUCGGCCUCGCCUCCGACCUCAAAACCGUCACGCCCGCCAUGAUCGAGAGACGCAUCCAGCGGACGGGCGACGGCUCGUACCAGCAGCCCGUGGACGCGGCGAAGUGAACGCCCGGACGCCCACUCGCCCGCCCCUGCAACAAACAAUGCACAACCGCACGCCCGUCGUCAGCCCUGCACCCUCCCUUUCACCACCCCCUCUCCCUGCCCCCGCCCAAGACAGCGCCGAAACAUGUACCCUUGGGAAUAUAGCCGUUUGUAACCGAGUAAUUUAGAAGUGGUAUUUCAAGUUUAUACUACACACAUAACACACACAUCUAUAUAUAUAUAUACCGUGUGGAAACAAGUGUUUAUAUUAGUUCUAUUGGUAUAUAACACAUAGCAACGAAAGUGCAACCUCUUUGUAAACAAGAUAGUGCAGGUACACCAAGGCCUUACUUUUGGCAUCGCUGAAGAACGGAAAGCGCACUUUUUAGCAGGCCGAUUUUGCCGUGUUAAUUCCUUGGCCGAGGUUCAUUGCUCUUAUGUAUUCACCGGGCUACGCCACACGAGCAAAGUAGUAGUUCUAGGCCUUUUAUUGUAACCCGGAAUUAUUGGGUAUCGUUUGAUAUGUGUGUUGGUUAUAUAUACAAAUAUAUAUCUGUGAGUGAACCACCGCGAUGCUUUUUUUGUGAGAAAUGCAACCAGAUUUUGUGAUGUGUCAAAUAAAUAUAUAGUUUUCUGUCUUACCACUAAUCAAUGGCUUUCCUAUGAACACUUUAUCCAAAAAAAAAAAACAAAAAAAUGCUUGUAGCAAAAAAUCAAUGAGGCAUUCGCGAAUCUUGGAAGGCUUUUAAAAAUGUGACGAAGAUGAACAGGCGGACGUGAGAGAUAAGGGUGCUCAUUCAGUAAAACUAAAAUAACAAAAAGAAAGAUCUCAAAGUUCAUUUGGAAAAAGAGAAUAAACAGAAAAUUGAACCAAAUGGAGAGAAAGCAUUUGAAUACUUAUCUGUGCUCUUGUCCCCUCUGUGUUGUGUUGUGUCGGCUCCUCCUUCAUAGUGUGUGGAGCGUGUGUGUGUGUGUGUGUGUAUAGUGAAAAGCGAGUAAUGAGAUUCUGUUGCGUUGUUGCUUGAAGUUUCUGUUAUUUAGGUGGGUGAGAAUCUUUAAAUGGGUGGUCCCUUGCUUGAUGUGUAAUGUCACUGUUUCUAUUUGUGUUCCUCUCUCUCUCUCUUUCUCUCUCUCUCUCUCUCUCUCUCUCUCUCUCUCUCUCUCUCUCUCUCUCUCUCUCUCUCUCUCUCUCUCUCUCUCUCUCU